CAAAGGAAAUGAAAAUGUAGAUACAUUAGCAAAACAAGCACUUGGAAAAGAAAAUAUAGAUGAUAAAAUCAAGCUAUCAAAAUCAGAAAGGAAUAGCAUGGUAUGGGAAAGAAUAAUUGGAGAGUGGCAACAUCAGUGGGACCAAGAACAUAAAGGAAGACAAUAAUAUUCAUUAAAAAAGAAAGUUGGCAGUGUAGGAAGUAAAGGAAGGAACAGGAAGGAAGAAACAGUUAAGACGAGGACACAGCAAACUGAACAGUACACUCCAUAUUAUAUGAUGUGAGCAUUGUCAUGUGCAGAAACCAUAGAUCAUAGAUAAUUGUUAAUUGCAGUAUGUAUAGAACAGAGAGAACAUACAUGAUAGAUGAUAUAAAAGUAGGUCUAGUGGGACAAGAAUUUAAGGACAUACUAGAAUAUGACAGAGAAGUUGACGAUCACCAGAAGAUGGCAGUAGUGCUAUUGCAACACAAUGGAUGCAAGCUUCCGUUAAAAACCAAGAAGAAGAAGAAAAAGAAGAAGACAUCUAACGGUGGUGGGCAAACCAGCAUCCGAUGCAUUUCCGCCACCUUCUGGCCUGGUGAUGAACGGUGACAGUGAUCAAAUAAAGGAGCACCUGAGGCUUCAGUUUCAGGCUCUUCAAGAGCAACAAGUUCAACGCAUCCAGAAAAGAUUGGAGAUGAGAAAGGAGUUGGACAGAGAAAAUACAGGCUCAAACAAUCUGGACAAUAUGAACCUCACCGAAGACGAUGAUGACAUGAUGGAUCUGGUCAAUGCAAGACUGAUCCAGAAUGAAAAUGAGGAGUUGCAUGAGCAGCUGAGGGAGCUGAGAGAUGAGAACGGCAGAAUCCAUAAACUUCUGAGUGAAAAAGACUUUGAGAUUAAACACCUGAAGAAGAAGAGAGAAGAGGAAAGGCUGGCUUUAGCAGGUACUGCUGGUCUGGCAGGAGAAGCUGCAGCGACCAAAAUUGUGGAACUGACCAAAAAGAAUCGUGAAAUGGCUGCGGAAUUGGAACGAGAGAAGACCAGAAAUAAACUAGCAAACAACAGAGUCAAACAACUGGAGAAAGAGCUUCAGGCCACACUGUUAAAUCAUCCUGGACAGAUGUCAAACCAGAAGAAAGCUUCACGGACUGUGAAUGAAAACAGUCCAGUGGACAAAUCUCUACAGGAGAAACUAUCAGCAGCCCAACUCAAAUUGUCUGAGUACCGUAACCAAAUCCAGGCCCUUAAGCAAGAGUUAAAAAUGGCUCAUAAGGUGUUGAGCUGUGAGGUGGGUGAGGAUGUCAAUAUUCCCCAGAUACUGUAUAAUCCAGGAGGAUGGAGAGGUCGUUCUCAACAGAUCCUAGCCCUUCAGAACAGAGUGCGAGAUCUGGAACAACAACUGAGCCAGACGUCUCAGAGGAAGCAGCUGGGUGACUUCAGCCUGGACGAGGAGAUCAUGAGACUGGGAGGUCUGCAGAAGACACAAGACAGAAACAUCAUCCACAUCCGUAAUAUAGAGAAAGAGCGGAAGGAGACAUUGGAGAAACUCACCAUGGACUAUGCAAUGCUUUUUGAAGAAAAUUCCGACGUAAAGAAGAAACUAGAAGGCUUCAAAGCCAGGAACAAAGUGUUGAGCACAGAGGUCAAAGCUUUGAAAUCCCAGAUCUCUACCCUGCUGGAAAAGGGCAGACAUGACGAUGAACUGGUUGAUGCUUUACUGAAGCAGCAGACACAGUGGCAGGCCAUGCUCGGUCAUAUGAGUCAGAAAGGGUCGCAGCGUGAUGUGGUUCAGCAGGGCCUGGAGAGACAGCUGCACAUUGAGGCCCAGCAGCACAAUUCCCUCAUCCAGCAGCUCAAACAUAUGGUGUCAGAGAAAGAGAAGAAGGUCAAAGAACUUGAGCUGGAGAUCCAACAACUGGCCAUCAAGAAGCACAAAGAAGGUGAGUCAGAAAAUAAGAUGUGUCCUAAUGGCAGACCUUUGACAUCACAACAGGAGAACCGCAGGGAGUCAAACUAUACCAGCUGCUCAGACUGUGCUGUUAAAGUCCCAUCGCUGCAGGCUCAGUGUUCAGAGUAUAAAGGUCUCUAUCAAGCUGCCAGUGUGGAGAGAGACAGGCUGCUGGAGCUGACCAAGUUACAGCAAAACAGGGAGGAAGAGAUGAAGCUGCAAUGGGAAGAAGCCGAGCAUAAAUUCAAACAAGAACUGCAGCGUUCAGUUGUGCUGGAACAGCAGUUGGAGAGAGCCAAACUGGACUCGAGGAAAGAAUUAAGUCGGCCUGCAACUAAUCGCAGUAGAACAGGAAGCUCUGUCAGCUCUCUGAGUCUCCCUGAGAAACACGAAGGCCUGUUUCCCAGAAGUCCCACCGAUGUUUCCCGCGACGAUGAACUUCAUGAACUCAGAUCUCGGCUGGCACUGCAACUGGAGGAGAACGAGGCCUUGAGAACCACUCUGAGGAACACCUUGAAGGAAAAGAAAGAGGCCCUACAAUUCUACAAGGACAUGAUGGAACCGGCCAAACAGAGCUUCCAGCAAGCCCACAGAGACCAGGGGACUUAGUUUGGCAUAAGCCUCCCUUGUGAGGAUCAACCUCAGAAAAGCUCUGAAAACAGAGAUCGCUCAAAGACAAAACUGCCAAUGUUUGGACACCAGCAUUGAGAGGUGAAAAGAGAUAAAACAGAUGUUUCAUGUUUAAGGUGAGUUUGCAUCAUUUGGAAGAAUUGACUGCGAAAGAAUGAAAGUUAUUAAGUUCUUGACAAGUUGUCAUGAGAUGUUUACUAUAUAAAGUUAGCACAAUAAGACUCAAACUAGAAGGACCCCACUUGUAUAAUGAAGGUGAACAUUUUGAGAAAUUAUUCAGGUAUACCAAAACUGACGUUUUUUCUUUAUCAUUUUUGGCUCCCUAAACUGGAAACAAACUUUCCUGCCUUCUUUACUGACGCACGUUGCUCAUUAAUAUUUGAUUUUUGCAUCCUGGUGUGAAACCAGAACAAAUAGCAAAUCCAAAACAAGCUCCCUCGGCGUACAGAGAGCCCCCUUCUUAUUGUCCUCCACCACCACGAGCGAUACGCGAUGAUUUGACCUCACGUUGGCCAUCUCUCCUCUUGUUUACAUUUAGCAUAUCAGCCUCGGCAUUCAUACCGGCAUACAUGAGUUAUUCUGUUUCCUGGUUUGAGGCCUCCCCUCCCCACACCGCUCCACCACGCUUAAUUUAAACCUGUGGCUGAAGCAGUGUACUCCUCUUGAAAUGGCGUACUAUUUCAUCUUCCCAGAAUCCUGAGGGACGCUGGCAAGCCCGAGGCUGUAAUGAGUGCAAAAGUACCACAAGACAAAAAUAUCACGCUGGAUUGGAAAUGAUGAAAAAUCGCCUUAUUUACGUUUAGAAACAGACAGCAGCUUGUGUUUGAAAUGAGAUUUCGGGUAAGGGAUGUAUGACUGGGAAAGCCAUAUACUGUAAGUCGACACAAAAUCAAGUGUUUACAGUACUUUUUGUAAUGCAUGUUAUUGUGCAUGAUUCAUCCAUGCAUAGUAUUUCAAAUAGGAAUUUGAUAAUAGAAGCGCGCUCCACCUUCGAAAUUACUUUUCCCUUUCAGCUGAGGUCAUCUAGGCCGAAAAAUGUAACGGUAGUACACCAAUAAAUAUCAAUUCUGUCAUCAUUUACUCAUCCCUCCAAACCUAUAAGACUUUCUUUCCUUUUGUGGAUCAUGUUUACAUGUUAAACAGUCCUGCGACUGACUUAAAACUUUACCUAAUAUUUGUGUGUGAUUUGUACCCAUAUGAAAUAAUAAUAAUAUAUGGGAAUAUACAGGAAAACACAAGGCAAUAUAUUAAAUAAUACAUUUCCAUAUAUUGGAACCAAGUGCUUAUAUAUGAAAAGUGUCAAUUCCUCAUGUAUUAUUGUAAUAUAUUAUCAAUAUAUAAUUCUAUAGAAUUUCAAAUAUAUAUUAAAUGAAUAAAUAUAUUGACAGUUAAUAUAUAGCAAAAUAUAUAUUUUCUUUGCGUAAAGGGUAUCUUUAGGCUUGUUAGAGUAUUGUGUUGUUAACCCAGCAAACUUUUAACAGCAAACUCUAUUGAAAUGAAUUGAAAAAAGAUGUACAAUAUGGUGCCUAGAAUGUGUCAAAUAAGUAACUUAUGAGCAACUGUACAUGGUAUACAAGGAGUGCACAUCAAAGCUUUUGUGGACUCCUAUAUAUAAAAGUGGUGCUGUUUCAAUUGAAAAUUGCAUUUCCACAAGUGUGCAAAUAAUGUAAGACUGGUUAUUUACUGUUGCUUUAGACACACACAAAAAACACACACAUUAUAAUCUUGUUUUGUGUAUGUGACUGACGGCAUAGGUGAUAAAUCAAAGAUAAUGAGUAGACUGAGUGAUUAUCACAUUCCAGCAUAUUGACCUUGUUUUUACAUAGAUCAAGUCAGUCUGUAGUUAGAGAAUAUCAAUGUAUUUGUCAGGUCAAAUCUGUUAGAUAUGUACAGAAAUAAAUCCACAAGUAAAUUACACAUAUGAACUGCUAAAGCAUUGUUUUUGAAAUGUCUAUACGUAUUUAGGCCUAAACAAAAUCUGUAUAUAUUUAAAGAUUAUAUAACAUACAUAUU